GGACAGGGUCAAUGAGGGAGCGAAAGAGAGAGGGAGAUAAGCCAUCUUCUCCUGAAACAGAGCAAUGGUGCUGAUGAGAGAGCAAAACAAGAGCACAGCAGAGAACCUGCUGUGACUGACAGAGCAGCCAACCAAUCAUGUGCAGAGAGGCAGCACUGGCAGCGAAUAGGCUUGAGUUCGGCACGCCCUCAUGUUGAGGUUUAUAAGGUGUCGGGGGGGCACAGCACUGCAGCGCUCAGCCCCAUAGCAGGACGAGGCUAGACGAGACAAGACGAGACAAAGAGACCACCAGCAGAAUCCCCCAGCAGGCUCUGCUCUAAAGCCAGGACCUAGUCCCACUACAGGAGAGGACUGGCUCUGUCUGUUUGUCUGUCUGUCUGUCUCGUCUCCACUGGCUGCUCCUCCUGCUCCUCCUGCCAUUCUUCCUCCUCUUUCUCCUCGCUUACUGAGGCACCAUGCCUGAAUGCUGGGACGGGGAACAUGACAUUGAGACUCCUUAUGGGAUGCUUCAUGUGGUGAUCCGUGGUGCACCCAAAGGAAACAAGCCUGCCAUCCUCACCUACCACGAUGUUGGGCUUAACCACAAGCUGUGCUUCAAUAGCUUCUUCCACAAUGAGGACAUGCAGGAGAUCACCAAGCACUUUGUGGUGUGUCAUGUGGAUGCUCCUGGACAGCAGAUUGGAGCCUCUCAGAUGCCACAGGGGUACCAGUACCCCACCAUGGACCAGCUGGCAGGCAUGCUGCCCAGCGUAGUGCAGCACUUUGGAUUCAAGAGCAUUUUGGGCAUUGGAGUUGGAGCAGGCGCCUACAUCCUGGCCAAAUUUGCUCUGAUCUUCCCUGACCUGGUGGAGGGCCUGGUGCUGCUCAACAUCGACCCCAACGGGAAGGGCUGGAUCGACUGGGCCACUGGCAAGCUGUCUGGUUUCACCAGUGCUCUUCCAGACACUGUACUGCCCCACCUCUUUAGCCAGGAGGAGCUGAUGAACAACACAGAGCUGGUCCAGAGUUACCGUCAACAGAUCAACAACACUGUCAACCAGGUCAACCUGCAGCUCUUCUGGAACAUGUACAACAGCCGUAGGGAUCUGGAGAUGAACCGCACCGGGACCAUCAUCAAUGCCAAGACCCUGAAGUGCCCCGUCAUGCUGGUUGUUGGUGACAACGCUCCAGCUGAGGAGGGAGUGGUCGAAUGCAAUUCCAAACUUGACCCAACCAACACCACCUUCUUAAAGAUGGCUGACUCUGGUGGACUCCCUCAGCUCACACAGCCUGGAAAACUGUCCGAAGCAUUCAAGUACUUCCUCCAGGGGAUGGGCUACAUUGCGUAUGUGAAGGAUCGGAGGUUGAGUGGUGGGCCAGUGCCCUCUGCCAGUAUGACCCGUCUGGCCCGCUCCCGGACAGCCUCCCUCACCAGUGGCAGCUCCAUUGAGAGUUCUCGUAUCCGGGGUUUUACACACUCUGACAGCAAUGAGGGCCAGGUCAGCCACACCAUGGAAGUGUCUUGCUGAACCGCCACACACACACAGACAGACGUGGGUUGGAGAUAGGGACGUAUAGAGAGAGAGAGGGGGAGAUAGAGAGAGAGAGAGGAGUUUCUUCUUUUAAAUGGUAGGUGGAGGAUGUCUUCUCUAUCUAUCUCUCUAUGUCUUUGUUGUAGUAUUACCCCAAAUCCCUCAGUAUUUGACAACUUCUGUCACCUCCUCCCCUCAUUGUAAAAACUGACACCAACGUAUUCCUCUUUCCCUUAAACUUUGUAAGCAGUUUUGCUUUUGUGUGUCAUUUGUGUUUCGCUCAGUGUCUUCUCCCCCCUUUGCCUUUUCCCUGCUCCCCUUGCCCUAAACCUGCCCCCCUCCUCCUUCCACUCAGACCCACCUGCCCCCUGGCACCCCUCCACUCAGUUCCCUCCCACACUCAUCCGCUUGUCUGAUGACAAUCUCUGUGAGGUGAUCAAUGAUGGUAGUUAAGUGGGUUGUAUGUAGUCAGUGAAGGUAGUUUGUCAUUGGAGAGAAGACAUGCUAGCAAGAGGACAUUUUGUUGUAGUUGGUACUAUUCAUCCUAUUUGUCUUGAACAAUAGGACAGCAGAGAUUAUGGGCCUUUGUCUGGGAGGUCCCAGAUUUGACAGAAAGCAGCACACAACCUAUUAUAUUUUAGAGAGUUUUACAUCACACAGUGGAUAUGCCUCUCUAGCUGAAGGAUGCAUCUGUGUCACAGGCACUAGUAUUCUCACUCCACAUCCCCUGCCAUGUGGUUUUCCCAGGGAUUGUCAUACAGAAUUAUUAAUGAACGUAGUGUGAUUCUAUAUACCCUAUAGCCACUAAUAGGAGCAUCCAUUCCUAUAUAGUUAGUGUGGCCACGGUCAUCUCCACCUCCCCAACAUGGAAGUGGUUCUGCUGAGGAUUGGUUCUUAGUGGUCUCCCAAAUGACAGUCACAUUUUGACCCAAACCAAACCAGACCUAGGAGCCAAGGCAGAACCCGUUACAUGUGAGAUGUUCUUCUCUCAUGUCAGCACCACAAGACGGAACUACAGCUGGCCUCUCCUUCUACAGCACUCAGCCCCACACAAAGAAUAUACCAAAGCUACACACACACUUACCUAUGAGGGCUGGGCUCUGUAAGGGAACCGAGCCAAAGUAUAUGGGCACUUAUUGA